UAAGACGUAUAUAUACGGCCGCGACAGUCAAAGGGUUAAUGAUGGAGUUCCAUUCCUUAGACCACGUGGGUAAACGAAUUCAUCGCUAAGCAAGGAGCAUACUAUAACGGUAGAAGAUGCCCAGCAUUAAGCUUCAGAGCAGUGAUGGCGACACCUUCGAGGUGGACGUAGAAAUUGCUAAACAAAGUGUCACCAUAAAAACAAUGUUGGAAGACUUGGGGAUGGACGAGGAUGAAGAGGAAGUGGUGCCUCUCCCAAACGUCAAUGCAGCUAUUCUGAAGAAGGUAAUUCAGUGGUGCACCUACCACAAAGAUGACCCACCCCUUCCUGAUGAUGAUGAUAAUAAGGAAAAACGCACAGAUGAUAUCUCCUCUUGGGAUGCAGAUUUUUUGAAGGUUGAUCAAGCAAGAAAUGUAUAA